AUGGAUCCCCUGUCCAUCUCAACAGCCUGUCUCGCGCUGCUGGGUGGAAUCGGCAAGACGGCAUUCAUAGUGAUCGAUUUUGUCCGCGGCUAUCGGACAGCGCGCUCCGACUUGACCGCCCUGACCGGCGAGCUGACCCAGCUCCAGCCGGUGCUCGAGCUCAUCAAGGACGACACCGCCUCACAGGUCCUCGACAUCACCAAAAACUGCUUUUCUGUCAUGGAGAAGGUCGACACGGUCCUCGAAAACCACAAGGGCACGUUAGGCUCGGCAAAAUUGGUCGUGUUGGAUUCAGUCGUCUCAAUCCUCGAGCUCAUGGACAAGGUCAUGAGACUACGGGCCAUCAUCGGUGACAAAGAUAUCCCCUCUGCCUCCCGCGGCUAG